AUGGGUGGGGUCAAUUUAGAUCUGGUAUUGUUGAAGACGACACAGUCACAUCCGAAGCCGCGUGUCCGAGGGCUGCGGACAAUAUGGCUUCUACCACCCAACUUCUCUUUUUCUGUAAUGUGCGUGUAUGCUUGUGUCUCCGUUGAUGGAGUUAGUCUCCGUCUUAGGACGCAAAAGCCUGCCGCUAGGAUUAGGAUUACUGCUGAGCAGAGCAGCGCCAGAGAGAGCUCACUAGACUUGACAGAUAGAACAGUAUCUUUACAAAAAAAUUUAGCAGUUUCCGCAACGGUUCAGCCCACAGGGUUUCUUGCUGACGCAACUACAUCGCCUGCAGUGCCACCAUGGUUUCUAAAUCCCAUUAGCAUAAAUAUCCCUAUACCAAAGGCAUCAGCAGGGUCGAUACCAGUUGUGUUGCUGCCAGUGCCUGUGCCUAUGCAAUCUGAGUGUAGAGCACCUGCACUGCAGACACCCAUCCACCGCCAAAUAUCUGAAAAAGCAGCCCUUGUAGAUCACACACCCCAGCUAGACCCUGAUUAUGAAGAUCCUGAAGAAAUCGACCGAACUCACCCACCACGUAAGGAAACUUAUAUCACAUAA